CUACUGCCGUGCCGUUUCCUUUCCCCGUCACACCUUUCGCUUUCUUCCCCCAGUCCACCCCCCACUUCACACCACCACCCUCCCGACCGCGACGCCCGACGCCGGCGACCUCCGCACCGCAUCGCCCCCCGCCGAUCGUCCCGAGAUUUGUUGAUCAAAGAACCAUGGAAGGAUCGUUCCAGUUGAAUCCAAACGCCAGUCCUUUCAUACCUGGGUCGCUGGGUUCAUUUGCACACAAGGCCCCAGAAAAACAAGGAGGGUCAUCAUCAAAGGGAGAGCCUUCUGGUAGCAGUUUUGAUCCUUCGCAGCAUGAGGAAAAUGACAUGGAUGAAGUUGCUCUAGCCAAUAUGGUCUUUUCAAUGUUCCCAAAUGUCUCCGCAGAUUUCAUUGAUGAGUUACUCAAGGCAAAUGAUUUUGACAUAAAUCUGACUGUUGAUAUGCUUCAUGAGCUGAACUCACAAGAUAUGCUUCCUGAUGAUGCUGAGGCUAUCAAUGACCUUCCUGAUGAUGCUGAGGCUACCAAUGACCUUCAUAAUGGCCAGGGCGUACCUGAUGCUGAUAAGGCUGUGGUGUCUAAGAGUAGCAGGAAGAUGAAUGAAGAUCUGCAGAAUGAGAAGUCAGCAACUUCUGAUGUGAAAUCUGUGCUGCCAAAGUUCUCAGAGAUCAACUUGCUUCACAAUGACCUGGGCCUGCCUGAUGAUGAUAAGUCAGUGGGGAAUUCUGUUGCAAAGUGAUCUUACAUAUCAAGGCGCUCUGUUUUAUCCGAGUUAGUAGGUUAUGGUGUACAUACUAGUUGCACCCAGAAUUGUGGCUUGGAGGACAAAGCAGUGGGAGCUACUGUUCCAUUCCCGUUCGCAGGACUAAUUAAUUGUUUCUGGUGGUUAUCCUUAGUUUCAAAUUGCUGGUGGUUAUCCGUAGUUUCAAAUCGCUUGUUCAGCUCCUUUGGGCUGAGUAGUUAGGUAUUCCUAGUGGUUAUCAUGAGUUUUAUACCCCUUGGUUUGCUCUUCAAGAUCGAGUAGUACCUGGUGGUCAUCCUGAUUUUACAUAUCUUGGUUAGCUGUUUUGGGUUUGGUACCCAGUUAGUUGAAACAAUGCAGGUUAUGCUGCGACUGCCCGUUAUGUGUGAUGUUCUUGGAGUGUUAUUCUGCUUGUGGUGUUGUGCUGCUGUUUACCAGAUUACCAGUCAUAUAACCAGUAGCUUAUAUUAUCAGAUCA